CGGACAUCGUAAAAAUAUCUAACAAUUUUCAUUGCGCAAACGUGAACCAAUUUAUAGGAAAGACAUUUUGCGGAUUCCUCAGUUGAGUUUGUGUGUUCUUGUAGUGAGUACGUUUGAACUACUGCCACCUUUAACAAAAUGGGCGAUAUCGAACUAAACACCGAAGACAAACUCGAAUACACCUUUUUCCCGAACGACUGCGGUUACGUGCGAUUUAAAGUACGAGCGGCGAACGACGCCCAUGUUGCGUUAACGUCGUCGGCCGCCGAAUGCGAUCCGAUGUACGAGAUCUUCAUCGGCGGAUGGGGCAAUCAGAAGUCGGUGAUUCGCAAAAACCGCACCAAGCCCGACGUCGCCGAAAUGCCGACGCCGAACAUUUUACAUCCUGGCGAAUUCCGUUCGUUCUGGAUUCGGUGGGAUAAUAACACCAUCUCGUGCGGAUGCGAGAACAACUCGCAACCGUUCAUCACCUGGACCGAUAGCGAGCACGUACCCAUCCGCUACGUCGGCGUCUGCACCGGAUGGGGCUCGACCGGUUGCUGGAUAAUCAACCAGGGAGCGCCCCUGCCGGGAUACGCGGAGGGAGGUUUCGGAUCGAGCGCGUGCAGCUCCUGCUGGGUGGGCUCGAGCGGCGGAAGCGUGCCGCCGCACGCGUUCGUCGGCGGAAACGAUUCCAGCGGCGAACCUCUCUACGUGGUGCGGUGCAACUACGAGGGCGGGCUGAUCCCGGGCAAGCUAGUCGCGAGUCACGGAACCGCGUACGUACCGUGGGGCGGCAACGAGAACGCCGUCGCCGACUACGAAGUCCUCUGCGAGUUCGGCGGACGCUGGGUCCCCUGCUCGGAGGGCAAUAUUCCACCAAACGCGCUGACCGCCGGCCAAAGCGAGGACGGCGAGCCCCUAUUCGUGGGUCGCGUCAUGCACGAGGGGAGCCUCACCAUCGGAAAGGUGCAGCAAAGUCACGGCUGCUGUUACAUCCCAUACGGAGGUCAAGAGAUGAACUUCCACCAGUACGAAAUUCUCAUCUCCUCUUCAAUUAUUGGACCCGUAUACGAAAGUUCCGUAUGGACAAGAAUAAUUUUUGACUGGAUUUGCUGUUCAUUCUCCCCUUAUGAUACAACUCACGCAGAAUUUCAUGUGAUGUCCACCGAAGAGCUUAAUACAGCCGACAGACUUGAAUACACCUUCUUCCCCAACGACUGCGGCUAUGUACGCUUCAAGGUGCGUACCUCGAACGACGCCCACAUCGCGUUGACCACCUCGGCCGCCGAGCACGAUCCGAUGUACGAGGUCUUCAUCGGCGGAUGGGGAAAUCAGCGAUCGGUGAUUCGCAAGAACCGCACCAAGCCCGAUCGCGCCGAGGUGCCGACGCCGAACAUCCUGAACGCCGGCGAGUUCCGCACGUUCUGGGUACGUUGGGACAACAACACGAUCUCGUGCGGAUGCGAGAACAACGCGCAGCCCUUCAUCAGCUGGACCGACACCGAGCACAUUCCGAUUCGCUACGUCGGCGUGUGCACCGGCUGGGGUGCCUCCGGCUCGUGGAUAAUUCAGCAAGGCGCGCCCUUGCCCGGCUUCGGCGCCCCUCCCGCGGGCGGCUAUCCCGGCGCGCCCCAGGCGCAGUACGGCGCCCCCGGUUACCAGCAGCCCGGUUACGGGGCGCCCCAGCCGCAAUCGUUCGGCGGCAACUACGGCGGCGGUCACCAGUGGGUUAGCGCGAGCGGCGGCAGCGUGCCACCCGGCGCUUUCGUCGGCGGAAACGAUACGAACGGCGAACCUCUGUACGUGAUCAAGGGCCACUUCCAGGGCGCCGUAAUCCCCGGCAAGCUCGCGCCGAGCCACGGUAGCGCUUACGUAGCUUGGGGCGGUAACGAGAACGCAGUCCAACAGUACGAGGUCCUGUGCCACUUCAACGGCAGGUGGGUGCCUUGCAGCGCCGGAAAUAUUCCGCCCAACGCCAUCGUCGGCGGACAAAGCGAGACCGGCGAGCCCUUCUACAUUGGCCGCGCCCAUCACCAGGGCUCGACCACCAUUGGCAAAGUUCAACGUAGCCACAACUGCUGCUACAUUUCCUACGGAGGCCAAGAAAUCAGCUACCAACAAUUCGAGGUAUUGAUUCCUUAAAUCUCAGGUGCUAAAAGAAAGCUUGGCUAGGUGUGCAUAGUGUAGGUAAAAAAAUACAAAAAAAAAUGCACAAUGUUUAGCUUGCGGUGCCUUAACUCACGUAUUUCUAUAUUAUAUAAAAAAUGCUAUAUAUCUAUCUAUUCUUGUUAACUUUAUAUAUACCCAGUGUAUUCACUUAAGUCUUUGAGGCCAAUUGUUAGGUAUAUAAUAUACGUAUAAAUGAUGCCAAUCUUGACAGUACUUUAUUUUACACGUUUUGAUUUUGUAAGAGUUUUAUUAUUCGUUGUUAUUUUUAUACAAUGUUUGUUAAUGACAGAAAAAUGUAUCUUUGGGUGUAAUUUACUUAAAUCA